AUGGCAGGAAUAAGACAGUUGCGAAUUGUGGGUUUAACAGCCUUGGUAAUUGUAUUGAUUUUUGUUCUACAUAGGGUUGGCCAAAAUGCCGCAUCCUUGGUGCACGCCCAAGCUUCGGAUCAAAUAGGCAACAUUCACAGAACGAAAUCCAAUAGUGGACCCGUGAUGGCUGAUCAACUUGGGGUACCGGCAACAGGGAAGCUGAAUCCCGUUGUCGUUUCCAACAAAUUAGUUGAUUCGCAAAAUGAUGAAAAAACAGAUCAGGCUAUAAACGACGAGAUUUACAAGGAUAAAAGCGAGGAAGGUGUAAAAAAAGUAGACAAGGAUAGUGGCAAGAACCGUGGCUCUAGUGUCGAUUCUGGUUCAGGUUCAGGUUCAGGUUCAGGUUCAGGUUCUGGUGCUGAUGUCGGUACUGGCGGUAAAGCAUUGGGCGAAACAAGCAACAACCAAGAAACAACAAAUGAAAAAGGCGAAUAUGACCCACACGCUGAGUUGAUCAAGAUCCGCUCUUUAUCUCCAAUGACUAUUUUCUCCAAAAGUUAUUGUCCCUAUUCAAAGAAAUUGAAGAAAUUGUUAUUGGAAAAGUACGAGAUCAUCCCAGCACCCAAUGUCGUCGAAUUGGAUAUACAUGAACAUGGCGCAGAAUUGCAAAAUUAUUUGGCCGAGAAAAGCGGAAGAAGAACUGUACCCAACGUUUUGGUUGGAUCAUCAUUUGAAAGCAGAGGGGGUUCAGACGACUUUGAAGAAUUUCACCAAAAGAAUGAGAUUAUCUCGAUAUUGACAGAGUGGGGACAGGGAAGACUACAAGCUGUGAAAAAGGACGCUCCUUCCAACGCAUAA